AUGCCUGAGAGCUCCAAUGCUGCGAACAUUCGUUACGCUUUCGAUCCCAACGUGUCGGCUCACGACGAUCGCGGAUGCUCUCUUUUAGGAUCUGAAGUAGGAUGCACAGCCAGGCCUUCUCGAAAUAGGGAUCGACGACUCGAGACCCUUAGGAUUUACCAUAUUAAAUCAGCUGAAAAACCAUCGUCAAUCAGCACGCGAUGGUACAUGCUCAGCACUGCCUGCAUUUUGCUGCUAUUGGCUCCUGUUAUGCUCGUCUUCGCGAAUCUACAUUGCCGUGACACUCUGGCAUCCAAGACUGUACCCGACAGGAUAUAUUUAAAGCUAGCCUGGCUGGAAGGGGAUUGGAGAAUGCUGACACCUCGCAUGCUAGCGUGGACACAGGCGAUUGGUUGGUGGCUGGCCUUUUCAAUUGUCAUGACAAGCACCCUCAUUAGCAUCCGAGAUGUUAUCUUAUUAACGUUCGCCGAUUCUCUGGUCAGAGCAACUGGAAGCCCGAAGCGUCAGACUCGCUGGAAGCUGAAGAAGAGAGGCGUGCUGGUUAUUGCAAACCUCCAGCUCUCUCCGUUGCUUCUUGAUGACCUGGACCUCCCGGUAUCAGCCCAAUCAGCAAGGGUGGAGACAUUGGAGCUCUCACUCCCUCUCCUGGCUUUUAUCCUUGCCAGAAACAUCUCAUUGCAAAUCAGAGGGUUCCAUGUGGAACUGACUUCUCGCAAGUUCCCCUCUGAAAGGGAUUGUCGUGGGCUUGAUGCUCAGGUGGAGGCUGAGAAGCGGGCCAGGCAAAGGCAGAGGCUGACAGACAUUGACAGAUUACUCUGGGAUGACAACUCUCCUCCUCCUUCCUUCAUGCAGAAGUUUCAAGACUUUCUCAUUUUCACGGUUGCCUCCCAAGCAGCACAGUGCGUGCAGGUCUCCAUCUCCCAGGUCACCAUCCGGUUCCGACCCAGCAGCCUGAGCUCUCUGCCUGAGCAUCUCCACCGCACCCUCUCCCUCCGCCUCGACUCCCUCAGCCUCAGCAACGGCCCUCCAGCCUCCACUGACUUGCUGCUUCCCAGGGCGAAGGUGGUUGACGUGCGGGGCUGCAAGCUUGAGCUCGUGAACGAGCCGAGCAGGCCUUCCGCUCCAUCUUCAGGGGUUCAAGCGGGGAAUGGCAGUGCUCCAGCUGGCAAGACGGAUUCGCCUAGCAGACUGCAGAAGCAGGGUCCACCAAGGGCUGCAGUGACUGUGGUGAAGCGCUGGAGCUUCUCCGUGACUGUGGAGGCAGGAUGGGGUCUAUGGCAUCAGGGCAGCAAGAACAGUGGCGUGGUGGUGUCUGCCUCGCUGGACAUGGGCGCUCUCAUCAUGAGUGCGAAUGAAGUGGUAGUGGAGUAUCUGUCUGGCUUGGCUGUGGACCUGACUGAGUUCACAGACUAUGCCAAGUACAGGCAGACUCGCCCUCGUGCUUCAGUGCUGGAGGAUCCCAGGGCAUGGUGGCGCCAUGCCAUAGGAAAUGUGGCACGAGAUCUGCGAGCAGCAGCAAUGGACGUUGAGCUGACAGGGCUGUCGCAGUCCCGUCAGGCCACCCUGCGCCUGCAGUACGAGAAGCAGUACAGCGACUUCGCUGCAGGGCGCUGCUGGUCCUUGGCGUCCGCUCAGGCGCGCCUGCAACAGCUGGAGCAGCAGCUGGGCACUCUCAACUGCGCGUUUGUGCGGUUCAGGGUGGCGCUGGCAGCAGAAUCCGAGGGGUUGUCCCACAGUGAGCCUGCGUGGGAUCAGCACAUGACCAACGUGAGAAACAAACUCCAGGAUCUGAACUACUUGCUUUCUGGUGGCUCUGUACCUGAGCCUCAGGCAAAUAAGCCGGUCAUUGAGGUCAGCAGCAGAUUUACCUGCCCAAAGCUGUGCGUCUUGCUGACAUCAGCGUCAGACCUUGAUUGGGGUGCUGAGGUGUCGCUGCAUGAGGUGGCGCUGAGGUUCACAGAGUCGGGUUCACUUCAUGCUGAGGUGUCAUGCAGAGAGCUUCUGGUACGGAACUUCUAUGUCCCUGAGAGCGAAUUAGUAGGGAACAUCGUGCACUCUGUCAGCUCCUAUCAGUCCUCCACCUUUCCUUCCUCUGCAGCCUCCUCACCUUCGAUUGGUCCUCGUGCCUCACCUCUAUCAGCUUCAAUGCCUGGCUCUAGUCAACCGUCCCCACUGCAUCCUUCUCUAGGCGGUCCUGCUGUGCCUGCUGCAGCAGCUGGGGCUGCUGCAUCGUCCUCCCUUUCCUCAGGCUCCACUCCAUUCUUGGCGGUCUGUUUUGUCCAGAGGUACGGCUCUCAGCCCCGUCCCUGCCAACUGCCCACCUGCCUGGUCGGCAGGUGGCAUCUCUCCUACCCCUCAGAACUCAAAAAGCCAAGUUCAGGCCGCUUCCUCCAGUUUCUUCGGUCAAUCCGGUCUGACAAGUACACGAAGGCGUCGCAGCAGAGCCAGAAAGCUGUGCCGGCACAAGGAGAGAGGCAGCAGCAACAGGAUUUGAAGGAUCCAACGGAAGGGUCGGAGGAGAGGGGACAGCCAACACAUCAACGGACGGAGGGAAGCAGGGGAAGUACGGGGGCGCAUGGCGAGGCGAAGUGGAAAGGGGAGCGUGAACUGGGCGUGUUAGAGCUUGGGUGGGGCGAGGACGAGUUGCAGCGGCUGCAUACUCGAGUGGAGGCACACAUGUCUCCCCUUCGAGUCUUCCUCGACCGCCGCUGGCUUUUCCAGCUCAUGCAGCUUCUCUCCUCGUCUCCCUCAAACCAAUCACAGUCAACUGCAGCCAGCCAAGGCAGAGUUCCUGGCCACUUGGCCUCACCGGCUGGGAAGGGUAUGACUAGCCGUGCUGAGGUUAGAGCUGGUGUAGGGAUAGGAUUGGGAGGAGAAGGUGCAGGGAGACAAGAUGGGGAGGUAGCAAUGGGGGACGCAGCUGGUGGUUCAGCUGACAGUGAAUGGAUGCCCGAUAUCACCAAGCAGCAGCACUACCUAUACCACAGAAGGGGAGACUCUGGAAGCGUGGAUGUUAGGAGCAACAUUGCUCCUGCUGCUGAAAGGCCUCCAGGCACACCCGGUGGUGGCGCGAGGCAGAACUGUGGUGGUAUCAGUGAUGGUGGUGCGGCGCCGCUGAACCCGGCUCCGUUCGCGGAUCUGCAGGACUACGUGAAGGAGUUCGGGCAGCACGUGGCGAGGAAGCGAGUGCAGCAUGUCAGGGACAACCUGCCAGAGGUCGCCGCCCGGGUUGGCAGCAUACUCUUCAUCAUCCCAUGCCGCGACAUUGACGACAUGCCUCGUCCAUCAUCGGCAUCAGCAUCAGCCGCCCCUCAGCGCUCAUCGGCGCCUUCAGCAGGAGGUGAUGGCGAUUUCCAGGCAUUCUUUGGCAUGGGGAUGGACCACCGAGCACCACCAUCACAGCCACAGCAGCAUCACCAUCACCGCCAUCAGCAUCAGCCACUGUCAGAGCGACAGAAAAAUGUUCAAGCAUGGACGGCCCAGGGAACGGGGAUGGGAGCACAAAAAAGGAGACCUGGAGCACUGACCCCUCCCCUGCUGGUGAUAUCCUUGUCAGAGAUCGUCCUGGACACAAGGCCGACUGAAAGUGCCAUUCUCCAGAAGCAGGAUGCUACCCCAGAAUCAACAGCAUCGUCCAGCGACCAAUCCCUAGCUGCCAGGUGGCGCAAGGUGGUGGCGUCCAUGUCAUCGCACAGGGGAUGGAUGCAGCGGCAGCAUGUGGGCCCACUGCCGCCUAAUUCUCUGGAGCAGGUCAAGGUGGAGCUUACAAUGGAGGCUUACUUGACCCGCGCUUCUCUCUCCAACGUUGCCAACUUGCGGGAAAAGGUGGACUUCUGUAAGUCAGUGUCAGUCAGUGCAUCCGUCUGUCGCUGCACGGAACCUAUUGGAGAAACCACAACCACUCUGUUGAGUGUGGAGCUGGUCACGUCAGUCUUCAUCGUUCAGCUCUCCCCGCUCAUUGCCAAGGAGGUGUCCCGCCUCGUGCACACUUUAAACGAGACCUUUGCAAGCACAGGAGACACCUCCUCAACCUCUAAGGAACCACUGCCACCUCCACCAGUCAAUCCUGGAGCACACCAGCUGGGGUGGAGGUUCUCCUUGAAGGGAGGCGGCUUCCUGGUGGAGGCGUGUCAGGAGAUGGUGCCUCACAGCAAGGCUGACUGCCCCUACGGCGUGUGCCGUUGCCGCCAGUGGGUGCCCUCGUCUGACACCGCUGUGGUACUCGUCUCCACCGCGGAGGACCUGCGCGGAUGCCCCCCCACCACUUCCAAAUCAGUUCCUCCACCUACUGCUGCUGCCUCUGCUUCUUCUGCUGCUGGGGGUUCUGCUGUGGAAGGCCAGCCCCGUGAGCCAGUGGUGGUGGUGUUUCGAGUGAGGCUGGACAAGAUUCGUGUGGAGGCUGAGCAGCACAAUGAUAAGUUAUCUCUCCUAUUACUGCUCAGAGGACUCUCCAGUGGUCGUAUCCUCCCUCCUCAUCCUUCCCCUCAUUUCCUCCUCUCCCCAUCCGCCAACUCUUCCCUCCCUUUUCUCUGCAGACCGCGAUGCGACACCAACAACCUCUGCGCAGUGCUCACCUUCCUCACUCACCUUCAAGCCGCUAUCUCUCGGACCACCUCUGCUCCACCGGGUCCCUCAAAUCCCCAAGCUCGCCAGAUGCUGACUUUUGGAAGCAGCGAAGUGGAGAGGGACUGGUGGGGCGAGCCCACACCCACUGCUUUACCCUCCAGCCAUCCGAAUUCUUCGUCUGGCUGGUCGCGUGUGUCUUUUAGAGAUACAGCGGAGGAUGACUUGGAAAGGGAAGAUGAGGAGGAGGAGGCACAAGGUGGGGAAAGAUGGCGUGGGAAGCGUGUGGGGGGUGGAACAGAAGAUGGUACCGAGUUCGGGCCUCGCGUGCAGAGGACUGGGGGAGGGAAGCGGAUGAGCAUUGGAGAGGUGGCCGUUGACGGAAGCGAGGCAGGCACGGAUGUUGACGAGGAUAAUGAGAAGCAAGGAAAGAGUGUGUCUCUGGAUGAUGAGAAGCAAGGAAAGAGUGUGUCUCUGGAUGAUAGCCCCCUGGAUAUCUUAGAGCUGGGAUGUGGCAUGGUGAUCAUGUCCAUUGGGGGGGUUUCUUUUGGCAGCGUCAUCAUGCAGAGGGUGAAGAUGGAUUUGACCUCGCAGCCAGACGCAGUGGAUGUGGAUUUGACUGUCGGCGAUCUGGAUGUGGUUGACAUGCUCGCCAACUCCAAGCACUACUCUCACAUCUUUGAGCCCAACGGAGACCUUCCAAGCCUGAACCUUGUCGUUCGGCAGAACAUGGUGCAGCGAGGGCCGAACCUACCUGCCAAACCUCAGGUGUGUGUGUUUGUGGAGAGCCAGCAGACGAGGAUGACUGCCAUCUUCCGCUUCUUCAACGACUUUGCUCUCUUUGUGGAGCGCAUGGCUCCCAUCUUCUCACCCCCCCAGGCACCUGGUCCAUCUAAAGAAGGCAGCGGCUCAACCAAGUGCCAGGAUGCCAAGAGGGAGGGGUCAAAGCAGGGGGAGGGUAAAGCAGCUGGGGAUUCAGACGUAGAGGAUUCGCCUCCGCUGGUGUUCCUGCACAUCUCGGACCUGUCGCUCUGCCUCCCAGUGUCGUCGUGGAGCGAGGAAUCUCUGGAUGUGCGAGUGGAGACCAUCAAUCUCAUCGUUCCCACUCCAGCUUCGCAGCGCCUGUCCCAGCACACACUGCUCAGACUCGCAACAGGCAUCCGCCCGCACGACCCGUCCUUCUGGAAACCGCUGGUGGAUGCUUUGGACCGCUCCCCCCCCGCCUCCCCCGACUCCGUUGGCAUUCAGCUCUCCCGUGUUGGGGGCUACUGGUCCCCCUCCAAGACCAUCACGCCCAAGGUGGAGCGGAGCAUCAUCUCUGAGAGUGGUGUUUUCAUCUCCGUGCAGUCGAACCCAUCACGGGUGCACGUGCACUGGCCUCAGGUGGAGAUCCGUGUGGGCCUCACCCAGUACAAUGCCAUCAUGACCCUCAUCUUCCAGAACCUCGCAGAGGGCUGCUCCUUCACAGACGACCAAGUGUACAACCCGAUGGUGGGUCGCCCCAUGGGCGGCGAGGCUGCUCCUCCGGACCCCUGCAUCAGCCUGGCAGGACUCACCCCCGACUUGGAGAUUCAGCUCGACUUCGGCCGCGCUGUCAUCCACGCCGAGAUGGAGCACCCGGCCACUCUGGUUGAGAACGGCUUUGGUGACCCUCUUUUGUCAUUGAGAGCGCAUCGCCUCACCAUUGUCUACUCCAACUACACUGAUUUCUCGCAAGUGACAGUGAAGUCGUUUCGCCUGCUCUUAAGGGACGACCGCUUCCUCAAGUUCUCCCAGUCAGAGCUAGCCCUCGUCGAGACCAAUACCUCGCGGGCCAAGCCGCCCCCCACAGCAGCUUCCACAUCCACCUGCCUCUCCACACCUCCCACCCACACCCGCGCCUACACCACCCCCAUGGGUGGCGAGUCCGGGCAAGGGCUCGGGUGCGAUCUGGACAGGUCGUUUCUGGUGAACGUGGUGAUGAAGCAGGAGGGCACGACGGGCGUGCAGGUGGUGUUUGAGCGCACCAGCAUCGUGUGGCCCUUCUACACGGACCUGUCGCUAGUGUGGGAGUUUCUGGAGGUCGUUGCUGGGUACUUUCAGAAGCCGGGGUGUGCGCUCGGGCCUAUCAGUCUGCAGCCAGAUUCGUGGCUCAUGGUCAACAUCCUGCUGCAUGACUUUGAUCUGUUGCUGCCAGUGCCAGAGGAGAGCCUCAUCAACGUCUGCCCGCCUCCCUCCAGCUCCCACCACUCCUGCCCUCCUCACGCCAACCCUCCUCUCGCCACCCCGUCACCAAUCACUGCUGACUCUUCUCCAGCCUUCCACUCCGCCCAAUCCCGCAUGCCUCCUCCCUCCACUCCGCCUGACCGCUUCUACGAUGCUUCUGAGGUUCUCCCUGCGAGCCGACGCAGCGGCAGUGUAGGUACUGGGGGUGCUCCUGCUGGCAGUGGCUUUGGCAGGAGUGGCAGCAGUGGCAGCGGUGACAGCGGGCAGUUUGAAAGUGCAAGGAACAUGUUUGAGGAGCCAGUGUGGGUGCCGGAGUUGCAGGUGUGGAGCGACGAUGUAGACCUCUUUCUUUCAGAGCUCAAAGCCCACGGGCUCAAGAUCAGGGGACAGACUUUGCGGGUGGGGCAUUUUGCAGGAGGAGACGGGGAGAGCAAGCUCCUGGUAGACUUUAUCCGCGUCAGCAGUGUGUUCAUCCACCAGUCUCAGUACUUUGCCCCUCACGACGUCAUUGGGGAGUUCAAUGCCCAGCUUCUGUUUAACCAGCACUCUCCCAAGUGUGCCAAUAAACAGGCCAGCCUGCUGUCGCUGCACAUCACACCUGAUCUCCAUCCGUCGCUCUCCGCAUCUGCGCGUUCUUCCUCUCCUGGUGCUUCUGCUGCUUUCCCUGCCUCCGCCACUGGAGGGCAAUCCAGCAGCAGCGCCGUCAAGUCUGGCCGUCUGCCUAUUUACUUUGUUUUCUCUCAUCUUGUGGUCCUUAGCUCGUUCCUCCGGACGCUCAACAUCCGCCUGAAGCGCAGCCAGGGCAACCUGCUGCAUCAGAACCUUGACCUGUAUGGGGACCCACUGCCGCCCGCCUUUGUGCCAUCCAAGCUGGGCGUCAACCUCCAGAUCCACGAGCUCUUUGUUUCUCUCAUCGACGACAGGAUGGGGAAUCCCACGUCAGUGCUGGAGCUGGUGGCCAAGGGCAUUGUCUUCAGCGCCACAAGCCAGAUUCUCGCCGAUGGCGGACCCGAGCUGCUCUCCUGCCGCCUCUCCCUCACCCUCCUCUCCAACUUCCUCAACUCCGGCUUCGAGAUCAUGGAGCCGAUGACAGAAGCAUGGCAGUUGGGGGCCGACGUGAAGUCCACAGGCAACCACGUGACGAUAUCAGUGCAGUCGCACCAACUGCUGAACGUCGUGUUCACACCCAUGCAGCUGCGCUCGCUGGGAGACGCCCUCAACUUCUACACUCUGCUCUCCAACUCGCUGCUCGUGCUGCCGGGGGGCAGCCUGCAUGGAAGCGACCGUGACGAGUUGGGUUCUGGAGCAUCCUCAACAGCUCAUGGAGGCUCGAUUCCACCUGCCACCUCCGCCCGGAUGACUAGAGUGAGACAUAACAUCAGCCUGGCUGGGGGGUGGGGGGAGUUCGUGGAAGGGAGGGAAGUGCAGACGCUGGAGGCGUCACUGCAGGAGGUGGCGGUGGGAAUGGUGAGCUACAGAAUGGUCAACCUCUCGGGCCACACUCUCUACUACUGGACUGAGAAGGACGAGGAGAAGUCCAAAACGUACUCAAUGGAGGAGGGCGAGGAGCAGGUGCUGGAGGUGCAGCCGGUGCAGAAGGUGGUCACUCUCAGGGACACGCGCAAGAUCCUCGCGCGCACCAUCUGUGUCAAGCUCAAGGGGGACUGGCUGCCCAUCAACGACAUUGUCAUGGACAAGGUGGGCAAGUACGUGAUGGAUCUGCGGCUGCCGGGGAGCACAGUGGUGCUGCCGGUGGUGUUUGACGUCACGCUCAAGUCGCGCACCAAGAUCAUUACCGUCCACUCCACCAUGCACCUCCGCAACAACCUCGACGUCCCACUGGUCUUCUUCGCCCUCCUGCCCAGUCCCAAAGAGACCGGAGGAGGCGAGACUGCCAAGUCCUCCUCGCAAGUCAAGAAGUUUUCGCUCGGUGGGUCGGUCACUGUGCGCUGCCGCAGCGCUGCUUUGCAAUGCCAGAAGGAUGUGGUAGCGCUGGACCCAGAGCACCUGCUGGAGCAGCAGGGCCUCCUCGAGUUCCCCAUCCUGAGCCACGGCGGCCGCUCCCCAAUCGUGGGGAGAGGCAGCAGCGGCGGCAGCAGCAGCAGCAAGCUGCUCACCCGCUUCAGCAGCAUGACGCGGAGGCACAGUGACAGCGGAGGGAGUUCGAGGCUCAGUGAAUUUGGGAGUGUGAGGAGGGGGAGCAUGGCGAACGAAGGAGAGGAUGAGUUUGAUAGGAGCAGUGGCGUGGGUUCCGCAGAGGAGUUUGACAGUGCGAGUGAUGUGAGGAGGCCGUUUUACUGCUGUCUGCAGGUGAACUCGGAUCCUCUGGCACACAGUGCGAGCAAUGGGUUGUACGAGGAGUUCACUCUGUCCUUUGUGCCCCCUGUGGCGAUCCAAAACGGCCUGCCGUAUGACUUGGAGGCGUAUGUGUGGGAUGUGGAGUGGGGCACGCGGCACAUUGUCUACGUUCCUUCUGGCGAGUCCCGAGACCUAUACCACGUCAGCCUAGACCACACACUGCAGAUGCACAUUGCGCUCUUUGUGCCAGGAGGCGAGUACAGGACGCGCUGCCGGUACCCCAUCCACUUCCCUCCCAACCCGUUGCUCCAGAAGCAGUUUGGCAGCCGUGCUUUCGCCUACGACGUGCGCACUCUCCGCCUGGCAGUCAAGUGCCGCCUCUUCCCCCAGCACUCCCUUGCAGCCUCGCCCAUCACCCUCUCCAUCGACAACCGCCACAACUGGCAGUCACGCAACCGCAGCAUUUCGUUGCUCGCGCACUACUGGGUCAUCAACCUCACCAAGUUCCGCCUCAAGCUCUCCACUGGCUCCUCCCAGAACCCUCUCGACUGCCCGCGGUAUCAGGAGGGCCAGCCGGCCCUGCUGAACGUUCGCCGUGGGGCGAUCACUGCGAUCAGCUUGGAUGGCUACCAUUGGUCGAAGUCGAUCUCGAUAGAUUCUGUCGGAAUCAAGGGGUCGGUUGCGGUUGCUGGGCCGGCGUCCACAGCGUCACAGCACCACCAUCAUGCGUCAGAUCAUGCUUUGAUGCGGCAGCAGACGACCGAGGAGUGGGAGAACGUGGUUCAGCUGGAAGCUCCUGCUGGCGCUCGCUCCCACCGCUCCACCGCCAUGUCACCUUUCCCAGCCCUGCGGCGCUUUGAGUUUGGGGUGGAGGUGCGGCUGGCGCCGUCACUGUGCGAGGGCACGAAGCUCGUCAUCAUCUCUCCGCGCUUCAUGGUCUCGAAUCAGACCGGCCAGCCCAUGCAGAUCGCACAGAUCGGCACCACCACUGCCAGGGUUCUGGCGGACAAGAUGCGGCAGCCGUUCCACUGGGAUGACGAGAAGCUCGGGACAUACCUGGUGGCCCGGUUGCUGAGCAGCGAGCAGGAAGACGAUGACAUGGGUGAUGGCGCAGAGGAGGGGGCGCAGGAGGGGGAGGAGGAGGAGGAUGGGGUCAGCUUGAGUUCGGAUGGAGAGCAUAGUGAGGGAGAAGAGGAGGACGGGAGAGGGGAGGGAGUGGGGGAGAGGCAUGCAGGGGAUGAGGUGCAAGGGAUGCAGAGGUUGCGGAGGGACUCAGAGGGUUCGCUUGUGUUGUGCGAGUCGAUGGAGGGUAGAGACCAGGUGCAGACAGGGGCGAGCAGCAUUGGGUCUGGAGGGUGUGAUGACGGUGGGGGCAGCAACCGUGAUAAGAAGAUGGGGUUGCUAACGGGCCAGGAGGCUGAUACCGGUGCAACUGGCAGCUUUGGAAAGGGAGAAGGAAGCAGUAGACGCCUGGGCGGAAGCAGCAAGUCAUCAGGAAAGAGCGUCAGUCACACGGAAAGUGGAACGGGCAGCGAAGGCGAGCGUGCAUCCCAGAAGAAGAGUGCAGGGAAGGGGCGGCGGAGCAAAGGAGGGGAGAUGGACGUGGAUUGGGACUGGUCGGGUGCGUUUGAUAUCGACAAGCCGGGGGAAUCCGCGGUGCGCAUUAAGCACAGGCGCAAGAGGGGAAAGUACGCCAUACUCUCUAUAGAUGUCUCUUUGAACGGCGCCUCUGCCCUCGUCACGUUUGACAUCUGCGGCUCCAAGCACAAGCCUCCGCCCUAUCGCAUUGAGAACCGUUCGGCCUUCAUGACCAUCAAGUACGGGCAGCUCACCACCCGUACACGGCAAAGGCUGCCUCCCCAUCGCUCCACCAACUAUGCUUGGGACCAGCCGCGCAUGGCCCAGCUGCUGCAGGUGGAGAUCGAGGGGUUCGGUGUGACGCGGGAGUACGACCUGGAUGGCAUUCGCGAGCUGCCCACCAUCAUCCUCUCGGAAGACGACUUCACUGGCAAUGCGUCGCUGAGAGACAGGAUGUUUGUGAUGGUGGGGACGCAGGCUCGAGCGGUGGCAGCACUGUACGUGAACGUGUAUGCAGACGGAGCCACCAGAGUGCUCUCAUUCUCCGACACCAAACACACCUCCAAGGUAUCGGAGGAGGACGAGCGCACCACGCUGCAGGAGAAGCUGCAGGUGACAAGCGAGCGGAUCGACUUCGCCCGCAAGGUGCUGCAGCGCGCUCGAGCCCUGGCAGGGGACGCUCCACUGGAUGCUUUGGAGGCACAGCCAUCGUACAUCGAGACUCCCGAGUACAGUGCAGCCAUGGCCAGCUUCACGCCCAACCACCACCCCUCCAUGCACUCUACUGGCAGCAGCUCGUCUGCUCGCAGCAACAAGCAUCUCCGUCGCAGCAGCAGCGACACUCCUGUUGCCUCUACAAGCAGAAACCCUCCGUCCGUCGUAACUGCCAGUGGCGGUGGCAGUGUGAAGGAGCGGUUCUUUUCCAGAGCAGAUUCAGAGGGUUCCUCUCCUCGCACUCCCCCAGAGACCUUCCCCGUGUUUACUGGCAGCAGCUCUGUUCUUUCUCCUGCUAGUCGAGCCACUGGUGAUCCAGAUCUGGUGACCACACUGCCCAGGAGCCCCCUCUUGAGAAGCUUUGCCCUAUCCUCGUCUGCAGCUGCUGCCCCCGCCAAAAAUGCUCGGGCUUCAGGCCUUGCUAACAGCAGAACUGUGAGUGACUCGUUUGAAGCCUCUGCUGAGCAUGUCAAGUCGCAGCCAAGCAAGGCAGGGCACCGUAGGAAGGCGGGGGAAAAGGGCGGUGAAGGGGAAGGGAGCGGUAAGGAGGCCCAUGCAGAAGGCAGCAGCUCACACUCUCAAGAAGCGCCCAGAGGGUCCGGCCCACGCCCUGAAGUGACCAAGGCAGGGGCAGGAAGCAGCGCCAGUUCUGGGGUUGACUAUGCAGGCAGGCCAGCAAGGCUGAAGGGGCAAGCGGCACUUAAUUACCUAUACCUCCCUGGAAGCGCGGCUGCCGUGCCUGAUUAUCCGAUGAGUCUGGUCGAGGCAACAGCGUAUGGUGUUCAGGCGGGAUCGCAGGUUGUGAAGGCAGGGAUGGAGGUGGUGGAAGGGGUGGGGGAGGUGGCAGAGGAGAGUGUGAAAGAAAACAUAGGUCCAUACGUUAAAGCAGUCAGAUCAAUAGAUGCCAAGGCGUUGGCAGGAAAGGUUGUGGAAGGGGCCAGGCAUGUUGAAUCCGCAGCAGCAGAGGUGAAAGGGAUGUUAAAAUCAGCAGCGAAGGCGUUGUCCAAGGAGAAAUCGGACGGGGCAGCAGCUGUGGCAUUAGAGGAAAGGGUGCCUCAGGGGGAGAUGGCAAACGAGGCAGAUACAGCAGCAGCAGCAGCAGCAGCAGCAGCAGAUGCAGCAGCAUGCUCAGACACCUCUACUGCAGCUGGCAGAUCACAAGGUGUUUCAGCUUCAACGGCUACGCCCGGCAGGUUACCUGAGUCGGACAUCUGCGCAUCUGCUUCUUCUGCUCCUGGCGCAUCUGCGUCUACUGCUCCUGCUUCUGCUGCUCCUGGUGCAUCUGCUUCUGCUGCUCCUGGUGCAUCUGCCAGUGCUGCUCCUGGCGCAUCUGCCCGUGCUGCCAUUGUGUCUGGUGAUGGUGCCACCACUGCUGGUGGGGGAGCAUGGCAGAGAGUUAAGCAGCGAUUGGCGUUCAUGAGUGAGGGCAAGGGGAAGAUAAACGCACAGCUGCCAGAGCCGAGGCAAGAAGAGAACGAUGGUGAGGAUGUGAAGGGUGGGUAUGAUGGUGGAGAGGACAGGAGGUCAGAGAGGCAUGUUCAAGGGGCUGGUGGCGAGGAGAAUAAGAAAGGACUCGAGACGUAUGUGAAGGCAGGGCGCCUUUCACUUGUGAGGGAAGGAUCAGAGGAGGAGGAGAACGAGGGAGGAGAGGAAGGAAUGGGGCAGGGCUGCCACAGAGAUGCAGGCAGAGAGCAGGUUUCAGGCACGGGUGGUGGGGUGACUGGCAGUAUUGAUGCUGGGAGAAGCAGUGGUGAUGGGCCAAGGGGGGCUGAGAAGGAGAGUAUACGUGUGGUAGACGCUGGGGGAGGAGUGACAGGUGGAACGCAGAGGGAAGAGGGGCAGGGGGCAGAUGCAGCAGAGGAACAGGGCCAAGAAGAGGAAGCCAGGAGUAGGACCGGAGAGACAGCGGGGGCUGGAGAAGAAGAUGGAGAAGGAAAUGCCCCUGUUGUUCCCGCAUCUGCUGCUGCCGCUCCUAGUGGACCUAUGCUGCUAGAAACCGCGGCAGCAGAGAUUGAGCCAACUAUCCACCUCGAGUCCCUCUCCUCCUUUCCACCCCUCAAUCGCAACGAUAACCAAGCCACUCCACCCGCUGCACCAGCACCAGACCCGGACACUCGUAGUGCGGCUACUGUCUCCCUCCCACCCUCCAGCCGCAGCCUUGGCGAGUCAAGCAGUGGGAAGAAAGUGACAGGAGCAGCAUCAGCUCUGCACUCCGCUGCAGCUGCUUUCCUUGACGGCACUUCAGAGAAAGUUCAGGAGAAGUUUCACGAGGCCCAGGAGGCGUUUGAGGAAGCAGAGGAGAGGGCGGGGGAGUGGCGGGCGGAUGAAGGGUUUAAAGCGCAAGUGGGGGCGAUGAGGACGGUGCGCUCUAUGGAAUCAUUCUUCGGGAGACAGGCGGAUAAGCUGGUGAAGGCUUCCCACGUUCCUGACAUGGUCAAAUCUGCAACAACUGCAGAGCUCCGGGCGCACUGGCCCCAUGACAGCUUCAGGUUGCCGUCGUCUAGAAGCGAGGGAGGAGAAGUAAUCAGGGAAGUGGAAGGUAGUGAGUUGAUGCCUGUGCCCACGUUUGAUGAGCUCCAGAACAUGGCAGGAGCGGCAGCUGCCGCGGAGAGGGAAUUUAUCGGGAAAAAUAGGCCUUCUGGACUGGCCAAGAGCGCGAGUGUUGCGGCAGGGCAGGUGGCAGCAGUGGCGAGGCUAGGCCAGGAUGUGGUGAUGAAGGCCGGGUCCGUGGUCAAGGGAGCGGUUGGGAGCGCCAUAGCUGCUGGCUCUGAGGCGGCUGUAGCAGAGGGAAAGGCCCUGAUGGCCGGCACGGCUGUAGCACUGAACGUUAUGGGCGGGAGGCUGGGGGAUAUUAAGGAACACGCAGAGCAGGACUUGCAAGUGAGCCUCGCGGAUUUUCGGAGACGAAUGCAGGAGGCGGGGAUAGGGGCGGAGGAGGAGGAAGAUAUUAGCGAGUUGCGGCAGGAGCGGAUCCAUCUAGGCAAUGAGGAGUACGAUGCAGGGGCGAUCGUGGGUGGCGACGUGACGAUUCACGUGAUUAAAGCCAUGGAUCUGGGGCUCCGGCCGGAGAAGACGCAUCCGUACGCGGUGGUGCAGGUGGAGGGGCGCCGGCUGCGGUCUUCGGUGUGCAAGGGGACGGUGUGCCCGCAGUGGGACGAGCUGCUGGUGUUCAAAGGCGUGUCCACCACGUCCAGCAUGUCUGUCUCCAUCUUCAGCAGCGAAACCAUCGGCUCUCACAAGUUCCUUGGCCAGUGGGACGAGCUGCUGGUGUUCAAGGGCGUGUCUACUGCUUCCAGCAUGGCUGUGUCUAUCUUCAGCCGUGAAACCAUUGGCUCUCACAAGUACAAGUUCCUCGGGCAGGUGGUGCUGCCUCUGGUGGAUGGCAGGGCGCUAAACCGCGAACCCGGGUGGCACAAGCUGAGUCGGCGCACGGCGCACGAGACGGUGACAGGAAAGGUGUUCCUCUCUACGUAUUGGGACGCCACAGAGCUUGAGCUCAUGGCGCUGCAGGUGGGUGGGUCAGUUGUGCGUGCAUACCUGCAUGCGAGGGGUGCCCUGCAUGCAUGA